AGUAAAAGACUUAAAAAGCGCUUUGACCAAAGUUUCCCCUCUUAGCAAAUCUCACGGCUCGCAGCUCGCAAGGGGAAAAAAAAAAAAAAAUCCCCAAGAACGAUGGAGCUUGUGAUCUUGGGCAUGAACUUUGGGUGCAUCCUUGGACCUCUGAGCGCGGGAAAAUUCCCAGAGAAGGACUGCUUGCUCCCGCUCAUAUCCAAGAUCCUUGGAUACCUCAUCGUCGCCGGAUCGACCACCGCCAAGCUCCCCCAGAUAUAUAAAAUUUUGAAGCACAAUAGUGCCAGGGGCCUUAGUGUUGCAGCCUUUGAGCUCGAAGUUGUCGGCCUUACAAUUUCGUUGGCAUAUUGUCUGCACAAAGGGAUUCCAUUUUCAGCCUAUGGGGAACUGUAUUUUCUCUUAAUCCAAGCUAUUGUUUUAGUUGCAAUAAUUUACUAUUAUUCUCAGCCGGUUGGAGCUAAAGUUUGGAUGAAGGCAUUGUUAUAUUGUGCAGUAGCACUGACAAUUUUAGCUGGUCAAAUUGACCCUAUCCUAUUUGAAGCGCUAUUUGCAUCUAAACAUGCUGUAUUUUUCUCUGCCAGAGUCCCACAGAUAUGGAAAAAUUAUACUAACAAAAGCACUGGAGAGCUCAGCUUCUUAACAUGCUUUAUGAACCUUGGGAGAUCUGUUGCUAGGUUGUUUACAAGUAUGCAGGAAAAUACACCAAUGAAUAUUGUUAAGUAAGGGUUCUCAUUGAUCAUAUUUGGUAGCUUAUGCCUUGUUUAUCUGGUACCUGACACAUGAAGGCUGAGCAACGUGUUCUGACAAUGAGCGCCGGAAGUGGGACUGAAGUUGUCACAGUUUAUCCUUGAAUUAGGAGACAGAACAAAGAUAUGGAGCAACUACAGACUUUCAAAUGCUUGAACUUUUUGGGAGUAAAUUAGUCAAUCAAUUCAACCUAAGAAAGAGUUGGAAUUUAUCCUUUUAUGAAGAUCUGAACGUGAUAAUAAUUCAAUUUCUAUUGAUUCAUCUGCUCAUUUGUUCCUCUAGGAUGUGGUUUGGGGAUGCUAACUUUUAUGAAGGGGUUUUUGCCUUUAAACCAAAAGCUUUACGCUCAUUUAUUUUAAAACUCGCUUCUAUCUACACUUAUACACCAAAAACUUUCCCUUUUUAUCUUUUAGCCCAAAACAUCAAAUAUAUUUGUAUAUAAUAUUUACAAAAUAAAAAUCAAGACCCCCCAAAUUGCCUUUAUCUUCUCCCUCCCUCUUUACCCAUAACCCCUUCUCCUCCCUCUUCUCACUCUCCCCACUCCCACAGCCUCUUCGUUUUCCACCCUCUCCACCCUCUCCACUGCCUCCUCCCUCUUAUCCACCACCUCAUCCCUGUGUCUCCCCUAACACUUCGCCGCCUCCAUCUUCUCAUUAUCGGUUUACAUCAUCAUCUUCUUCCUCUCUUCUCUUAAUAAAAUUCUUUUCUCAUUCUCAAAGAAUAAAAAGAAACACUCGUUAAGUCUUCCAUCACCCUCUAUCAUAUAGCAAUUUAUUGUACAUGGUGUAGCUACUAAAGCUGGAAGUAUAAUAAGUUUAGUUGUUAGUAUAGCAACUUUAGUUGUAAGUAUAGCAACUUAAGCCGUAUGUAUAGUAUCUUAAGCCGUAAGUAUAGCAACUAUGCAUACAAUUAAGAUGUAUGUAUGGCAACUUAAGCUGUUAGUAUAACGACUUAUAUUAUAUGUUGUUGAAGUUGCUAUACAUACAACUGUACAAUAAAUUGCUAUACUAAAUGCUUAAGUUAUUAUACUUAUAGCUGAAACUGCUAUACUUAUAGCCUAGGUUGUUUUACUUACAGUUAAUCCGCUAUACUUAUAACUUAAGCUGCUAUACUUACAACUUACAGCUGUAUUAGGAGGAGAGAGAGGAGGGAGAUGAUGAUGAGAAAAUCGAGGAGGUAGGGUUUGUGGAGGAGUGGGAUGAGGUGGUGGAGGAGAGGGAGGAGGGAAGGAGGGUCGUGGAGAGAGUGGAAGGAGGCCCAAUCGAAGAGCUGGAGAGAACGAAAAGAGUGAGAAGAACGAGAAUGGAUUAUGGGUAAAGAUAGAGGAGGAAGAAAACUGGAGUAUUGAGGUUUUCUUAUUUUUCUUUUUAAAUAUUGUAUACAAAUAAUAUGCAUUUGUUGUUUUGGGUUUAAGGAUAAAAAGAGUUUCUUUUGGGUAUACACGUGUUGAUAGAAGUGAGUGAGUUUAAAAAUCAAUUUAGGCAAAAACCCCUUUGUUAAAACUUGUUGUUUAGUGCGCCAAUAGUUGGCUCAUUUGCACAUACAUAUAUAUUAUGUAAAAGCAGGUGCUGUGCAAAUACACAGUUUCGGUAAUUUAGUGGAGAUGUUUUAUCCAAUUGUUGGCUCAUUUGCAUAUACAUAUAUUAUGUAAAAGCGGAUGCUGUGCAAAUACACUGUUUCUGUAAUACAGUGGAGAUGUUUUAUUAUAUUGAGUUUGCACCAUGUUUUCCUUAAC